GGUCAUUGCGAGUGACUCGUCAGUUGAUGGGACGUAUCAGCUCACGCGGACUCUAUCUGGGGUGUGCUGAGUAGGAUCCCCGCUCUGGAACCGGCUGAUCGUCUAUUUUCACCUUAAUCAGAUUCAAGUACUUCACCUGUGUCGGGAGGGUCUCCUGGUAUUCAAGGGGGAACACCAACAUCGGGUUUUGUCGUGGGAGAGACUCGACUUAGAUCAAGUAACUGCGUAACUUCGGUCUCAGUAGUGAAAAUCUAAAGACCCACGAUGGACCCGAGAGACACUGCCCCUGAUUCGUGGGAACAAGAGGACGAUGUGGAGGCCACGAUCGACCCACAACUUGAAACAGCGUUCAUGACCUUAAACGUGAAUGCCAAGCCGUUUGUUCCUAACGUGAACGCCGCUGAAUUUGUCCCGGCGUUUACCACAACAGCACACCCGGAGAAAAUCAACUCGGCAGGUCAGUUCACUGUCACGUUGGUGGUGGGGGGAUGUUAGCCACCAGCUAGCUCGGUGCUAACAGGAGCCGAGGUUCCUCUCAGACAACCUUUCCUCGAAGCGCCACAAAACUGGGCUUAAAUUCAAGUGUUAUACAUAACUGUUGUGAUAUCCGAGACGGAGUGAAACUUAAACACAUCUAUCAUGGCUUUAUAAUCUUAAUAAUCGGGUUUACAGUGUUAAUAAAACUUGUCAGCUGUUGCCAUGACAGCUUUAAAAGUUAUCUAAACAUACUAAUCAAUGGUUAUCAGCUACUAUUUAGAUAUCUAAUGUUGAUUUAUGAUUGAGGAAAUGAGUGUAUUUUAGUCUAGUGUUGAUAGAGUCAAGCGUUGGUUCAUGUCUAACUUGAGAUCCACCAUUUUUGGGGGGUGGUCGUAACUUUGUUGAUGAUGAUCUUCAUGGUGAGGAGGAGGAGUAGAUAUAAGCUCAGUCCGUCAUUGAGUCAUUUGUGAGAAUGGGACUCUGACGUGGAUGUUCUGACGCAUAACUGGUCUAAAGUGGAGCAAAGUGUGCCAUCUGGAUCUGUGUCAGAGCAGGCAAGAACUCUAGACGAGUAGGCACACAACUGGAGGACAAUAACUCCAGUUUUUUUGUAGUGAAACGUCUGGCAGAUGCAAAAGUAUUUUGUACUAUAUGAUGCUUUAAAGGGAUAUUCCGGCGUAAAAUUAAUAUAGGGUCAAACACGGUGUAACACUGAGUUAGACACCCUGUCGAGAGAUGAAUGUUGCAGACAGGUUGCUUCUCUAGUUAUACCAACUUUAGUAACGACCGCACGAUAGCAAUACACAGCAGUCUGAGGAGCCAUAAACAAACCACAAAUAAUACUCAGAACAGCACCUAACUUCAUCAACAGUACAUAUAGGGUCCUAGCCAUAGUACUAGCCACCAAACAUCUUUUUAACUUUGCCUAAUUUCUUUAGCAAAGAGACUAAACACAACUCACCUACUCUCUUCCAGCAGCCGCUUAUUUUGUAGCGAGACCUUGGGCCAGGCCAUUACAGACUACAGUGGGGUGACGCAGCUCAAGGAAGAACAUUUAUGAUAAUUUCUUCAUAGAAUUGCAAUCAGACUGGAGACGCUAAGGCAGAAAAACUACCGUGUCUCAGUGCAAAAUGAUUAAUAUGGUGAUUAUUACUUCAAGGAAAUGAUAAAGUAAUGUAGUAAUGUCUGUCCAUUACAGACUACAGCGGGGUGACACAGUUUAAGGAAGAACAUUUAUGAUCAUUACUUUAUCAUUUCCAUGAAGUAAUAAACACCAUAUUAAUCAUUUUGCACUGCAGGCGCGGUAGUUCUUCUGCUUUAGUGUCUCCAUCUGCAUUUCUAUGAAGACAUGAUCAUAAAUGUUCUUCCUUGAGCUGCGUCACCCCGCUGUAGUACGUAAUGGACUGGCCUGAGGUCUCGCUACAGCUGCUGGAAGAGAGUAGGUAGGCUGUGACCCUAAAUGUACUGUUGAUGAAGUUAGGUGCUCUUCUGAACAUUAUUUGUGGCUAUAGAGUGGCGUUUUGGUUGAGGUUUGAGUAUGGCUCCUCAGACCGUUGUGUAUUGCUAUCCUGCAGUCGUUACUAAAGUUGGUAUAACUAGAACAAGCGAUCAGCAACAUUCAUCUCUCGAGGGGGUGUCUAACUCUGUGUUACGGUGAAUUGACCCUAGUCAAGUCUUUUUAAAGCACGAGAAUGAAAUUGUCUCUUUUUCCAGCUAAAUUUGACCCGCAGUUUGUGGAAAGGAUCAGACUUUAUUUUUUAAACACACUUCUCAUUUUCAUCACUUUUUUUCUCUUGCAGCUGCUGAAAAUAGAUCCAUCAUGGAGGAGGCAGAAAGUAAUGGUACGUAUGGCCUUGGUAUUUAACUAUGACGUCAGAAACCCACAGGAUGCGUGUGCACUGCGUUCUGGCCCACUGAAAGUGUGAUUAGUGUGUAGUGCAGUAUGAAGCAGCUGGUGUCUGUAUACAGAAAACAUAUAGCUGGUUAUUUUGCCUUCAGUGGUUGAUUUCCUGCUAAUUUGAAUAUUAUCCUGUGACUGUGGUGCUCCUACCUUUUUUGGUGAGCAAGCAACAUGAUUAUACAGUAUAGAUUUUUCCAAGUUUACUCAUGUAAAGUUAAGUUUAUACUCGAGUUCUUGUUAGCAUCAUUACUUAAGUAUUGUAGCACUACUCAGACAUAUGUUCUUAGCUUAAGUAACGUUAGUGUACAGGUUCAUGCACUAUGUCUUCCAUGACCAGGAACAGACAUGAGUGGAAGAAUUUUUCUCAAAAAAGGACAACAGUGACAUGCUGUACAAGAUAUGCAGUUAAACUUGAAUAUCACAGCGUCAUUAGUAACUAACAAUAGUUAACCACAUGUGGGAGAAAAUGCAGACAGAUGAUUGGCUGUAUUUCAUCAUAGCGUUCGGUAGCCCUGUUAGCAGACGGUACCAGAUGGUACCAGAGUGGAGAAGAUCAGUCUUCCAAUAACGAAAAUGGAGACUGGAGACAUGCUCCCAUUCAGUUCAGUGAAAGCCUUCUGGAGGCUGAUGGUGUUUGUUGAGCGUAUAAGCCUCCCUUAUGAUGACAACUACAAGAGUGGGGUAAAAAUGUAUGAGGAAGGUGCAGCAGCAGGGCUUUUCUGCAAAGUGUUGGAGUGACUGUUAUAGACUCAUGGACAAGUCUCACCACAGAAUCAUACGUUACCGUCAUUUGUCAUUUUAUUCACAACUGGAACUGAAGGCCGCUGUCCUUCAGACAACUUUGUUUGAUCCUUUCAGCAUGUGUUACACAAUUUCCAUGCAUGUUCUUUUUCACAACACGCUGUAACCUUGACAUAAGGAGUGGAGUGUAGGGGAUUAGAAGGCCAGUUGUAAAACUUGAGCAGAGACCAUUAAGAGCUGUAAAAGGAAUUAAUAAAAUCUUCUCAUCAAUCUUAAACGUAGUGGCAGCCAAUGUAAAGGUGCUAAUACAGGUGUAAUGCGCGCAAAUGUCUUGGUUCCUGAGAGAAGCCGAACAGCUGAGUGCUGCAAAAGUUUGAUUCAGAGAUGUAAAAAAAAGACUGUAACAAUAAUCCAGCUGUGAAGAAAUCAAAGCCUGUAAAAUCGGCUCUGUCUUUAGAACUUAAAAAGGAUCCUAGCUCUGAUGUUUCUGUGAAUAAAAACAUGACUGUACAGGUUUAGCGGUCUGAUGUUCACAAAUUGCUGUCAAACCAGAUGCCAAGGUUCCCUGCAACAGGCUUAAUGUGGUCCACUAGGAACCCAGCAGGAGGCAGGAUUUGUGAAGCCAUCUGCCGAGACCCGAUAACAAGGAUUUCAGUUUUACUGGAAUUAAAGUGAAGAAAUUUACAGUCAUCAAGAACACGCUUCUCUAUGCAGGCCUAACCCUGAUGCUGGGUCGUUUCUCAUUAUUUGCCUGACUGUUUUGGCCAAAAUGAAAGUAAAAAUUAAUCUUAAUCUACUUCUCCCUCUAACUCUCUCUUUAAAUCUCUUAUAAUCUCUCCCUCUGUCUUUUCUCUUACUCUUUCUUCCGCUGUCGUCCUUUCUCACUUUCUCUGGAUUCAUUUAAAAAGUGCUUUACUGGCACAAAAGUCACCACAAUAUUGUCCCAGCAUAAAAAAUAUGACACAAACAAUCAUACAACACAUCAAUCCAUAUACAGUAAAUAAAUAAUCAGAUUAAACAUUUCAUUAGAGGACACAAAAUCAAAAAUAAUGAAAAAAUGAAAACCCAAAACUAAAAUAGAAAAUGAGGAAAUAGUCAAAAAGUAAGCAAGUAUGUGUCUGUGCAUAGAUAUCCAUUGUUAUUGAGAUCUUUAUUAGAUCAAAAGUGAUUAUCAGUCUAUGUACAAAUUUCACACAGGAGGAUGUGAAGGAGAAAUACAUGAAAUUGCAGAGUGUGAGGAGACAGGGUCACCUUUUAGCUUGUGACACAGAUGGACAUAAUUGCUGUAUCUCUGCUGCUCAUUCUCCCAGGAUGUGUUUCAUUAAAGUGUGCCGAGCUAGAAAAUGAAAAUCCUUAUUGGAUCUCAUCUUUGGUGAGAACUCUGUCCUGAUUUCGUCAUACCUGCUGCAGUGAAGGAGGAAGUGGGACUCUGUCUCAACCUGAAUCUGAGUGGACAGAGCUCACACAGUCUGUCCCCUCAGUGAUCACAGUCUAUGUUCUGGUCACCGGGAAUACUGUGCACAUAUGUUAAUGUUUGUCUGAGCAGGAGCAGUUUGAGAUUUUAUGGCGCGACAUCAUGUCAAAAUUGAACUUGGCCUAAUUAUGAGCAUGUGCAGACCACGCCCUCUGACUAAAACUCUUUGCACACAUCAAGAUCAGCAUCUUAAGGAUAUCUUGAGCAAAGAAAAUGAUGCAGAUAUAAUCAACGGUUUGAGAUUUAGCUCCUAAAGUGACAGCUACUGUUUCUACUGCCACCAUCCUCUUUAUUGCAUGGACUCUGCUGCCUGACAGUAUGUGUCAGAAAUUAAUCACAGUCUGAAUCACAGUCCAGUUAAUUUUUUUCCCAUAUAGGAAAUACACUGUACUAUACAUUUACAAGAAUGCAAUGUACUCAACUAUGGGAACAUAAAAAGAAAAAGUAUUUAUUAACCAUUAUGAAGGUGAAAUGUUUGAUACAUCGGCUCUAAUGUGGGGGGUUUAUGGCUUUGCAGCUCCGGUGGAAAACGGCGACACAGAGAUGUGCACAGAGGAGCCGUGGGACCAGAAAGACUCGGAGCCAAAUCAAGAGGAGCCCGGCGGGGACAGGGGACCAGCGGUGCAAGCGUCAACGGAGAAAGCUGCUCCUGAGAUAGAGGAGGAGGAGGAAGUGCCAGUGCCCAAGGUUCAGCCAGUACAGCCAGACGCCCCCAGGAAGGAACACAUCAAUGUUGUGUUCAUCGGGCACGUAGGUCAGUGCUGAUUAGAUCAUACUUCAUUUCACGGGAGUGUGAUUUUAGUUUAAGUAAGGCUGUACAAUUUUCAACAAGUCAGGAUGGGAGUGAACUGUGUACGGCGCAUGACUGAAGGUCACGGUUUAUGUCCUUACACUAUAAGAUCUGGUUUGCUGCACACAGACACGCUCAAAGUGAACCACAGCAGCAGGAAAGGAUAAGUAAACAAAUAUUUAUACCCUUACUUCCAGUUAAAUCCUAUCUAACACUGAGUUAUAAAUGAUUGAUGAAUCCAUGGCAAUGAGCGGCGUUGGUAUAAGUUGAUAAAACAACAAUCUAAGCAUCAAUAUCAUCCACAUACUGUGAAGAAGCGUUAACAGCUGACAUCUGUAUUUGUUUCAUCGUGGUAGAGAUAAGCUGGUUGUGUUCAUUCGUGUGUAUUCCAGCCACAGAGUGUGUUGCGCUCUGUUGAGCUUCCAGACCGCUGCCAUUUCACACAGGUGCAGGCGGGGAGAAAAAAAAGCCCUUAGCUGGGAAAGUCCGCUAGCAGCCCUGAUCUCACUGUGCGAAAGCAUGCAGUCGGCAGACCAAAUUUCUGACAUGCCGUGCCUGUAUUUAACUAAGUGGCACUUCUGAUGUCAAACUGGAGCACAAGUGCAAAUACUGUGUCCUUAAUGCCUUUCUGCCUAAUUAUGAGCAUGAAACAGCACAGAGAGGAGGGUGUGAAGCAGCGUGCUGCGUCAGCCUCUCUCAACUCAACUGUCAUCAGCAAUGUCAAGUCAGUUUUAUACUCGGUCGGAUUUCACAAAGACAUUACGCCUAAGGCAGCUGCUAAGUGUGGAGAGCACAAAUGAAUCUGGUAUCCUAUCAGUUAACACGAUGAUGUGCAGAUUUGAGCGUGGUUCCCACUGUGAAAACAUGGCACGCUUGUCAGCGCUUUGCUUUUGUCCAGUCAUGUGCUCUAACCGGCACGGACACCACUUGAGAUUUAAGCUCGCAGAAACUAAGAGUGAAGAUUAGAGCUGUCACUUUGUGUCCAGAAUUUAAACCUUCAUUUGAUCUCUGGGGGAACACUUCAUACUUCAGCUGUAAGGAGCCCGUAGAACUCAAAAGAAGCAGCACAGCAGGACGUGUGAAGCAGUGUGCUCGCAUCUCAACCUGGCCAGGCCAUGAUCUCUUGAUCUCAGUGAACUACAAAGAUGGAGGACGCCAGGACUUAACUUUUUUUAUUCAUUUUAUAAUACGUUAUAGAUUCCAGGGCCCAACUGAUAUGGAUUUUUUGGGGCAGAUGCCGAUUAUAAGGGGGGGAAUCCGAUUACCGAUUAAUCGGCCGAUUUUUAAGUUUUAUUAUGAAGUUAUAAAUUAAAUAUAUAUACUGUAGAUAUCUACUGUAUACUGUAGAUAUAUAUUUACACAUUUCCAGUCCGGUCUCAUCUGGAGACAUGCAGCUGCCUCACUAAGAGAAGUAGCUCGAUCAUGUAAUGUGUACUGUUGUUUAUUCUACCGUUACUGACACGGCUAACAGUGUAGCAAGGCUAUUAGCAGGUGGCUAACUCUAACUUUAGCUUGCAUAUUACACGGUGCCUCACCGUUAACUCGGCGUGACCGAGACCAGCAAAGCGGGGAACAUCGUGAAGUGGGUUGAACUGAAACUUGUUGACUUAUUGAGUAUUUCACAAACUGGUUUAUUUACCGUUGAGGUGGACCACUCUCCUCCGUGCGUCCCUGAGCUGUCUGCUUCAGAUCCGUCACUCUGCUGUGCUGUGAGGUAGUUAGUGGAUGAAGAUUGUCAUGAGGUCGCUGCGCCAUCUACUGGAUAAGUCGUGAAACUUUUCAAAUGGCGAGUGAAAAAAAUGAAAAUCGGCGAGUUUUUGCCGAUUACCGAUUAGUCUCAAAUGGGCUAAAAUGGGCCUUAAUAGAUUCCCAAUGCUCCUCCUAUAACAUGACAAUACCAGACGAGUCUGUCUGAAAAUAAACGCAUUAAGGAAGUGAGGCAGUGAGACUUAAAUAGUGGUCUAAUUCAGAUUUUCUGAAGUUCGUUUUCAGGAGAAAAUUUAUCCAAAAAAUAAGCUCAGAAAAACUUUUAGAUUGUGUUCACUUUUGCAGUCCAGUUGUUGUUCUUACUUCCUUUUAUUUAUUUUGCUUAAUCACUCAAAAUGAGGCAACUCCCUGCUAUUUGGGUCAUUGAAAUACAGCCCUGCACUAAUGUCAAUAUUUUUUUUCCUUCAGAUGCUGGCAAAUCCACUAUUGGCGGACAAAUAAUGUGAGUUGACGUCUCCUCAUUUAGGUCGACUACCUUUUCUUCAUAAAAAGUGAAUAAAUGAGUUUGAUUCAUUUCUUCUACUCUUCCUCUUUAACAGGUAUCUAACAGGCAUGGUAGAUAAGAGAACAUUGGAAAAGUAUGAGAGGGAAGCCAAGGAGAAGAACCGGGAAACCUGGUGAGUAGAGACUCAGCUGCAUUGAAGUGAACAGGCUCUAAGUAAAGUCUGAAUGUUUUUAAAGCAUGUUUGUGUUAGCUAAGGUAAUUUCAAGAAGAUUAACUAUUAGAUUUAAACAUUUGAAGUAAUGUCUGUCUUUAGUAAACAUCCUAUUUCUCACUUGUUUUCCAAAGGUACCUGUCAUGGGCUUUAGACACCAACCAAGAAGAGAGGGACAAAGGAAAGACGGUGGAGGUGGGAAGAGCCUACUUUGAGACCGACAAGAAGCACUUUACCAUCCUCGAUGCUCCGGGUCACAAAAGCUUCGUGCCUAAUAUGAUCGGAGGCGCAUCACAAGCAGACCUGGCUGUUCUGGUGAGUCCUUGAAAUGUUGAGUGCUCUUAACACAAGAAAUCAAGAUGUUAGCUCUCCUGUCAAAAGUGCUCACCUCGUUUACAUCUUUCCCCUCAGGUGAUCUCUGCCAGGAAAGGGGAGUUUGAAACUGGUUUUGAAAAGGGCGGGCAAACACGAGAGCACGCCAUGUUGGCCAAAACAGCCGGUGUCAAACACCUGAUAGUUCUGGUGAACAAAAUGGAUGAUCCGACAGUCAACUGGAGCCUGGAAAGGUAGUUAGACGAAUAAGUGACAGUAGAUUAAAUUCCACGAAUGAUUUAGAUUGACUUUUUUGAUGUUUACAUACUAACUUUCAUUGAAACCCUCAGGUAUGAAGAGUGUAAGGAGAAACUAGUGCCAUUUUUGAAGAAGGUGGGCUUCAACCCAAAGAAAGACAUUCACUUCAUGCCGUGUUCUGGACUGACAGGAGCCAACCUGAAAGAGCCCACUGACAUGUGCUCCUGGUACACGUAAGUCCUCUAAGUGGUCCCCAAGAUAAAAGUGUCUGUUCUUGUUUACUGAUCACCGCUAACUAUUGUCUGUGUUUGUGUGAUCUUGUUUCAGAGGUUUACCUUUCAUUCCACAUUUGGACAGUUUGCCAAAUUUAAACAGAUCAAGUGACGGACCAGUCAGAUUGCCAAUCGUAGACAAAUACAAGGUAAGAAUCUGGGAUUUUACUCAUGUUCAGAUGGAUUCAAGAAUUAUGAGUCCAUGUUAGAUAAAUUUUUAAAUUGGACUUUUUUAGAUUUAUAGACAGAAGCAUUGAGGGGUUCAUCCUUUCAUCAAAUGUAACAGAUUCUUAUAGUAAAACUGUUUUUCUCUUGUCUGGUCUGUAAUCUUGAUUUGAUUCGUCUCUUCAGGACAUGGGCACUGUCAUUUUGGGCAAGCUGGAGUCUGGCUCCAUCAGUAAAGCACAGCAGCUAGUCAUGAUGCCAAACAGGGUAAGGCUGGUCCUUUAACUCGAACCAAUGAAGUUAAAUUAGGAUCCAAGUUACAAACCAUCUGUUAAUCAUUCAAGGAUGUGGCGUGGGCCUAAUCCUGUCUUUGCUAUCCCCUGUCCGUUUGUCAUUUCCCAUGUCUUUCUCUCUUCCGUCCCUCUUCAUGUAGCAUACUGUGGAGGUGUUGAGUCUCUUAUCGGACGACGUGGAAACCGAUGAUGCCGGGCCAGGUGAAAACCUCAAACUGCGGCUGAAGGGCAUCGAGGAGGAGGAGAUCCUGCCCGGCUUUAUCCUGUGUAACGCUGAGAACCUCUGCCACUCAGGGCGCACCUUCGACGCCCAGGUUAGGAUUACACUGUGCUUCUUUAUUUCAGUUCAAGAGCAACGGCCCAUUGCAUAGAAUGUUUUAUAAUUGAACUACAUUUCCCUGCGGCCUUAACCAGCUACCGUUUUUGCACUGCGGCUUGUAUUCAGAGUGGAGGUGCAGCAGUUUGAACAACAUUAACCCACUACAUUUAAUUCAGCAGGAGGAUGUAAUGUGUAUAUAUACCUCAACUUAAGCUAUCAGGAGGAGUUAACAGUAUUAAGAAAACCAUUUUAAUAAGUUUGAGUAAUAUGACACCAGAUCUGUGUGUUGACUUGCAUAUACAGCAAUCACUAGAUGCUCAAAUUUGGCGUCAUUUACCUACAUGUACUGUUAUUAGAGCUGAGAUUUUUUUAAACUCUAUCACACUCAUCAAAGAAGUUCACUUUAAGUCUAAUUUAAGUCAAAUCCACAUAUCUCCUGCAAUGUUGAACAACAAGAUCCACUCUGGAAAGUCCUGGAAGGAGUUAAAAAAGUUUGAUAUUUAAUUUGAAACCAUUUUUUUGUUGUUGAUAAAAAUAAUUUUCAUUUUUGAGGUUUUGUAAUCUUUUAGGAAAAAAAAGACCUUUGAGACAUUUCGUAACCACCUUAUAUCAAGAUUAACAAACAGUGAAAAUGAUUGUAUCCACUUCCUCUAGGUCCAGAGAGCAUGUUGGUUCACCACUCUCUACUGGUUUACAGUUUUUUGCUGUAUUUGAACAAACUGACCUGGUUGCACUCGUCCUCAGCCAAAGCAGUAAUCAGAGAAACUUCCUUGUGCUUUUUUCUCUGCAGAUCGUCAUCAUUGAACAUAAAUCCAUCAUUUGUCCAGGUUACAACGCAGUCCUCCAUAUUCACACUUGCAUUGAAGAAGUGCAAAUUACGGUACAGCUUAAACUUAGUUCAUACUUUCAUCAUUGAAUAUUUUGCACGAUUGGUUUAUGUUUAUAUUUCUUGUGUAUGUUGAAAUUCUUUUUCCGCUUUGUCCGCAGGCCUUAAUCUGUCUUGUAGACAAGAAGUCAGGAGAGAAGAGUAAGACACGACCACGAUUCGUCAAACAGGACCAGGUCUGCAUUGCACGUUUGCGCACAGCAGGGACCAUUUGCCUUGAAACCUUUAAAGACUUUCCCCAAAUGGGACGGUUUACCUUGCGAGACGAAGGUAGGAUUUCUCUACACAUUUAUGACUUCUUGUCUAAUUAUGUGCAGAGAGAUAAUGUUGUGUUUUGUGUCUCAGGUAAGACGAUUGCCAUUGGUAAGGUGCUAAAGCUGGUUGCUGAGCGGGACUGAAGAGGACUAAGCGAAGAGUCUUGGUGUGAAGAAACGGGCGAUGACCUAUCAUGACCUGACCAGGGACGGUCAGCAGGAAGGGUGCAUCCUGAAAAACACCUCUAUUCUGCUCGCCGAAGAUCAGCUCCAGAAAAAGAAAAAAAACUCAUGUGACACAGAACCUGUUUUUAAGCAAAUAACAAAGAGUCCACACGAGUCAGCUUUCUCAUAUUGAGAGCUCUGCUAUGCCAUUUUUUGGGGUUAUCCCUAAUCCCCACUUCCCUCCUCUUAUCUACUCGUCAUGACAUGAAAAUUUUGUCUCCUGCAUUUUUUUAUUCCAUUCCUAAAUGACAAUGACUAAUUGCAGAAGUUGUAUCUGUUGAUGGAUGUGGAGCAGAGUUUGCUUUAAACAUAGAAAAUGAUUUUCUAAGGUAAAUUCUAAUAGAAGUUGUAUGAAAGGACCGAAGCAGUUGGAACCAAAUUUUUACUCGGGUGUACAUGUCUCCCUUUGCUCUGGUUUCUCGUUUGGCGUUCUGGCAGUGAGCUUGAGCAUUUUCAAUUGUUAUAUAAGUAAACAACUAUGACAAUAAAAGCUUAAUUGGGAAAGCAAGGUUCGAUCAUUUUGAGGAAGGCAUUCGAGUGAUUUCAUAUUUUUAAAUUAGGGUCUAUUACAGGCUGGACAUUUUUGUGUUAGAGUUUACUAUUCACAAUCUGUUCAGGUGAAACUCCCGACAAGUCAUUGUCAGGUUUUUUGUUUUUUUUCAAUUUCAGCAUUCCAGGAAAUGUUGUUGAACAAUUUUACUCUAAGAUUACUGUUCCAAAAAUAAAAAUAUUUUACUUCUGAAAGUUUAUUCCAAA